AUGCGGUUCACGGACUCGCCCGCGGUGGAGCUCUCGGUGGGCGGCGCCGCCCUGUCAAUCCAGCAGGACAACGGCUCCCUCCACGUCGGGACCUCCGUCUGGCCCUGCUCCCUCGUCCUCGUCAAGUUCAUCGAACGCUGGUUCCUCCACCGCCGCCAUCUCCCUCCUUCCUCCACCACUCCCUACGCUGAUCUCCUCCACUUCGAGGGCAAACGCGCCGUCGAGCUCGGCGCCGGCUGCGGCGCCGCCGGCAUGGGCCUCCAUCUCCUCGGCCUCGACGUCGUCCUCACAGACAUCGCCCCGGUCAUGCCGGCCCUGCGCCGGAACCUCAAGCGGAACCGCGCCGCCCUCGGCAGACCGCCGCGCCACGCCAUUGUAUACUGGAACAACGCCGCGCAGAUCAGCGCCCUCCGCCCGCCCUUUGACUUCGUAGUUGCGGCCGAUGUCGUCUAUAUCGAGGACUCCGUCGCACCGCUCGUCGCUGCCAUGGAGGCCCUCGUGAGCCCCCGCGGCGCCGUUCUACUGGGCUACCAAGUACGCUCUCCCGAGGCCCACCGCCUCUUCUGGGAGAUCUGCGGGCGUUCCUUCUCCGUGCAGAAGGUGGCCCACGAGGACCUCCACCCGGACUACGCCUACGAGGAGGCGGAUGUCUACGUACUCAGGAAGAAAUGA